AUGUCACUGGUUACAGAUCUGAUCAACCUCGACCUCUCCGAGACCACUCAGAAGAUCAUUGCCGAAUAUGUUUGGGUUGGUGGCUCAGGAAUGGAUCUUAGGAGCAAAGCAAGGACCCUGGCCAAGCCAGUGACUGAUCCUUCAAAACUUCCCAAGUGGAAUUACGAUGGAUCUAGCACGGGCCAAGCUCCCGGAGAGGACAGUGAAGUGAUUCUGUAUCCUCAGGCAAUUUUCAAAGAUCCAUUCAGGAGGGGAAAUAACAUUUUGGUUAUGUGUGAUGCUUACACUCCAGCUGGUGAACCGAUCCCGACAAACAAGAGACAUAAUGCGGCAAAGAUCUUUAGCCAUCCUGAUGUUGUUGCUGAAGUACCAUGGUAUGGUAUUGAGCAAGAGUACACGUUGUUGCAAAAGGAUGUUAAGUGGCCUCUUGGAUGGCCUACUGGCGGUUAUCCAGGUCCUCAGGGCCCGUAUUACUGUGGAAUUGGAGCUGACAAAGCUUUUGGGCGAGACGUUGUGGAUGCUCACUACAAGGCCUGUCUUUAUGCCGGCAUCAACAUCAGCGGCAUCAAUGGGGAGGUGAUGCCAGGCCAGUGGGAAUUUCAAGUUGGACCUUCUGUGGGCAUCUCAGCUGGCGACGAGGUGUGGAUUGCUCGUUACAUUUUGGAGAGGAUUACUGAAAUUGCUGGAGUGGUUGUUUCAUUUGACCCCAAACCUAUCGAGGGUGACUGGAAUGGUGCUGGUGCUCACACUAACUACAGCACCAAAUCCAUGAGGGAAGAGGGUGGCUAUGAAGUCAUCAAGAAGGCCAUCGAGAAGCUUGGCCUUAGGCACAAGGAGCACAUUGCUGCCUAUGGUGAGGGCAACGAGCGUCGCCUUACCGGAAAACACGAGACUGCUGACAUCAACACCUUCAAAUGGGGGGUUGCGAACCGUGGUGCGUCCAUCCGUGUGGGCCGAGACACCGAGAAGGACGGCAAAGGGUACUUUGAGGACCGAAGGCCCGCCUCGAACAUGGACCCGUCGUUGCCUUCGUCUAUACUGUCCAUGUGCAUCGCGCUAGGUCUCCGGGAACUUCAGGAUGCGGUGUAUCGCGUCAUAGGCGCUGCGUGCUAUAGGCGUGUCGCGUGCAUUGCUAAGCUGCGUGUGGGGAUCGCCUACUCCGUGUUGGAGUCGUUGCAUCGCGCUGGGUCGUGA